GACAAUUCAAACCAGCUACACUGCCUCUAUCAGUCUCUGUCUACCAAUCUCAGUCUACCAUUUGAUCAUUUGAUCCAUCAAUAUCGGUUUACCCAUCUCAUAUCUGAGCCAACAAAGCCACCUUUCAAACCCAUUCAAACGCAAUCAAAACACCAUCACAAUGCGUUCCAACAUCCUCUCCCCAGUCUUCCUCCUCACCCUCCUCUCCGCAUCAACCACAACCACCACCGCCUCCCGAACCGCCCGCAUCUACCCAACCUACCAAUCCUCCUGCUCUCCCUCCACCUCAUCCACCACCACCACCUCUUCCUCGACAACCACAACCACCAACCCAGAACACACCCACACCACCGAACACAAAUUCUACAAGAUCACCGCGCGCACCCCCAACCACUCGCCCUACCACGACAUCCACCCGGGAACCUGCCAAUCCAUCCCCCUGCACCACACCCAAGCCUACCCGCCCACACACAUCUCCUUCUCCACCCAGCUGCUGGGCGACGACCCAAGCGACGACUCGAGCAACAACGCCCCCUCCCGUUGCAACGUCACCCUGCAUGAGCGGCCGGGGUGCGUGGAUCGGCCGCUUUUCGUGAGCCCCGUGCACUCGACCACCUCGCAGGAGUGUGUGCCGAGGACUCACGGACCGAACUCGGCAGUGGAUGAUGACGGUGUUUGGGCAAUGAUGGAGUGUGAGGAUGAUGGUCAUGACCAGGGUAGUGAGGAUGAGAGUGUUCCGUCGCCGUUUGGAAAACCUCAUGAUGGGGAUGACGAUGACGAUGACGACGAUGAUGACUUCCCUACUCCAUUCAGCAAGCCUCACAACAACGAUGACGAUGAUGAGGAUGAGGACGACUCUCCUUCAUUCGGAUCUCACAAUCACGAUCACGACGAUGGUCACGAUCAUGAUCAAGACCAGGACGACGAUGAGAGCGACGGUGACAACAACAACAACACCACCAACGAUGACAACAACGACGAUGGAGACAACGAAGAUGAAGAUGAUGACGAAGACAAAAACAUCCAAAACACCCCCAAGACCCCAUUCCCCAAGAUUCCCAGCCUCUUCCACGGCUCGCUCCUGAACUCCACCUCCGGAGUCAACGCGACACAGGGCAUCAAUGCCACCACGGCGUCGGCGUGGCGGUUGGCUUUCCGGCGGGGAAGCCGCAAGGCGAGGGGCAUGUGGAUGAACUAGACUGACUACAAUUGUUCUGUUGUUUUAGCUUAUGUUGCAGCUUCUGUUUCUGUUUCUGUUUUUGCUUUGCUUGUUUGCUUGUGUGUGGUUGCAUUACUGUCUUGUCUUGUUAUUGUGCGUGCAUGCAUAGCGGUGCG